AUGUCGCAUGAAUCAAUGUGCGUUGGUGGUCUCCCAGUGGGCCAACUCGCCGUGGACGAGUAUGGUAAUCCCUUCGUGAUCAUGCAAGAUCAGAAUGAUAAAAAGCGAGUCACCGGGUUGGACGCUCAGAAGGCUAACAUCCUUGCCGCACGGAGCGUUGCUGAGACUAUCCGGACUAGUCUUGGCCCUAAGGGCAUGGACAAGAUCAUCGUCGGCCCUGAUGGUGACGUCACUGUUACCAACGAUGGUGCCACAAUUCUCGACAAAAUGCAAGUGGAGAAUCAGGUGGCUAAGUUGAUGGUUGAGCUCUCGAAGAGCCAGGACGACGAGAUUGGUGAUGGUACCACUGGCAUCGUCAUCAUCGCUGGUGCAUUGCUCGAACAAGCUAACAAGCUCCUCGAGAUGGGCAUCCAUCCUCUGCGAAUCGCUGAUGGAUUCGAGAAGGCCUGUGAAGUCGCUGUAAAACGUGUUCAGGAGAUCAGCAAGGAGGUCGAUAUAUUCAAAAAUGAUAACGAGGAGCUUCACCACGCUGCUAUGACCGCGCUGGGCUCUAAAAUAGUGUCCUCUCGACAAGCCCAGAUGGCCAAGAUUGCUACCGACGCUGUCUUGUCGGUUGCCGACUUGGAGCGGAAGGACGUCAACUUCGAUCUUAUCAAAGUCGAGGGCAAGGUUGGCGGCCGAUUAGAAGAUACCUGUUUAGUCAAUGGCAUUGUGAUCGACAAGGAGUUCUCCCAUCCCCAAAUGCCGAAGGAGAUUAAGGACGCCAAAAUUUGCAUUCUCACCUGCCCAUUUGAGCCACCGAAGCCUAAGACCAAGCAUAAGAUCGACAUCAAAUCCGCUGAGGACUACAAGAAGCUUUAUAAAUAUGAGCAAAAGUAUUUCUCUGACAUGGUAGACACAAUGCUGGCAUCUGGUGCUAAUUUGGCGAUCUGUCAAUGGGGGUUCGAUGACGAGGCCAACCAUCUUUUGUAUCAGCGCAACCUUCCGGCUAUCCGUUGGGUCGGAGGUGUUGAGCUCGAGCUCAUUGCUAUUGCUACUGGGGGCCGUAUCGUCCCUCGAUUCUCGGAGUUAACCUCUGCUAAACUUGGCCAUGCCGGUACAGUGAGGGAGUUGAGUCUCGGCACUACUGAUAAGGACUCUAUGAUUGUCAUUGAGGACUGUGCUAAUUCAAAGACUGUGACGGUGCUAGUCCGUGGUGGCAAUCAGAUGGCUGUUGAUGAGGCCAAGAGGUGCUUACAUGAUGCCAUGUGCUGUGUCCGCAACCUCAUCCGCGACAGCAGGGUUGUGCCCGGUGGUGGUUGUUCUGAGAUCGCCGCCAGCAUUGCCGUCGCUGAUGCUGCUGAUAAGGAGCCUACUGUGGAGCAGUACUCUAUGAUGGCCUUCGCCGACGCGCUUGAGACAAUUCCGAACUGUCUCAGUGAGAAUUCAGGGUUACAGCCACUCAAGACGGUGGCUCAAGUGAGGAAUCUCCAAAUAUCCACCGGAAAGCCUGUAUUUGGGGUCGACUGCAUUGCUCAGGGCACAAAUGAUAUGUGGAAGCAGGGCGUGUAUGAAGCCACGGCUUCUAAGAUCGAGCAACUCAGCCUCGCGACACAGGUGGUCAAAAUGAUUCUCAAGAUUGAUGAUGUGAUGUCUCCGUACGAUUAUGACCAGUAGAAGUCCCUUAUUGGUGGGCGGCAUCGCUGUGAGCACGUAUACCUUGAAAGAUCCCACAGCGAGCCGACGCUGACUGAGACUGCUAACGAUUACGUUUCUAACGUUAUCUAAAUACCCUUCCCAAUCAAGUGAUGAUAGAUGAG